AUGGAUCACUCCCGCGACCCCUGUCCCUGGGUCGCCUUGUCUGACUUUGGAGGGGCUUUCUGCAUGGGUGCUAUCGGUGGUGCAGUCUGGCAUGGUGUUAAAGGUUUCAGAAACAGCCCCUAUGGAGAGCGACGGAUAGGAGCCAUCACCGCCAUUAAGGCGCGAGCACCCGUUCUUGGCGGCAACUUCGGUGUAUGGGGUGGCAUGUUUUCGACAUUUGAUUGCGCGAUUAAGGGAAUCAGAAAGAAGGAGGACCCUUACAAUGCCAUUAUUGCUGGUUUUUUCACUGGUGGUGCUCUAGCGAUUAGAGGAGGAUACAAGGCUGCCCGGAAUUCAGCUAUUAUGUGCGCUGUUUUCCUGGCUGUUAUCGAGGGUGUCGGUAUUGGUUUCCAAAGAAUGAUGGCAGACAACACAAAGCUAGAGGUAGCUAUGGGAGAUCUCAUUGCAGAGAAACAGAUUGAUUCCAGAGCCAAUUCAUCGUCUUUAGUAGGCUGGCCGUGGAAUGGGAAAUCAGGUGAAAAUGCAGCCCCAUCAAAUGCCAUUUACGUCUGCUGCUUUAACAAAUCACAUGGAGUGCUGAUAGAGAAGGAGAGCCCCUUACUUCCGAUCUCUACAGGCGUGCUAGCAUAA